AUGACUCUGAGUGAAUUGGACGAAUUUAAAGAUUUUUUGGAGAAAACAUCACAGUUGGAUCUUAAUUUGAAAAGCAACCCUGAUGUUGAUGCAGACGAUGACAAUACUGUGUCGGAUCAUGCGUGGGAAGAAAGUGGUAAAUUUGAAGGGGACCUAAUUCUCAAUGAAAGGCAAAGACGACUUAUCGUCGAGGAUGUUGCUGAAGGACUAUCAAGAAACGGCCUGAGAGACAGCACCAAGAGAUGGCCAGAUAACGAAGUUGUUUAUUUUAUCCAACGUGAACAUUUCACGGAAGAUCAAUUGGAAGCGAUUCAAAAUGGAAUUAACGAUAUUGCACAAGCAUCCUGUGUGAAAUUUCGGCCUUAUAAAAAAGGGGACAGAGAUGCUGUUGUCAUACAGGGCAGUAGACGAGGCUGUUUCUCACAAGUGGGUUACCAAGGCGGAUACCAAGUGUUGAAUUUGAAUAGCCGACACCCAGUAGGUCGAGGCUGUUUCCGCCAUGGCACUGUUGUCCAUGAAAUGCUACACACUCUAGGUUUCUACCACAUGCAGAGUAGUCCCGACAGGGAUGACUAUAUUGAUGUAAUCUGGGAGAAUAUACUUCAGCCGGCGAGACAUAACUUCCGUAAAUACAACACAUUUGCUGUUUCUGAUUUCGGGGUUGGCUAUGAUUAUGAUAGCGUCCUGCACUAUAGUAAAAAAGCGUUCUCUUCAAAUGGACAAGACACCUUAGUACCAAAGCAGAACGGUGCGGAUAUCGGACAAAGAGUUGGCCUUUCUCAAAAGGAUACUCAAAAAUUAAAUAAAAUGUAUUGUGACGCUGAUUCUAACAGUGACGAUGUCGAAAGCCAUAAUAAGAAGAGACCGGACAAGAAGAACAAUACUAAAAAUAAACCAUUUGAAGGCCAUGGAAUAGGAUACCAUCAAGUAAAACGCCGCAAGCCGUGCCCCAAACGUUUAUCGCUAGUCAUGGAUUUGGACAGAAAA